AUGAUUAACCCAAACAACCCAUUAGAUGAAGCAUUAAUUGAGAAAAUUAAAAGCCUCGAGUUACAAUUAGCAUAGAAAGACAGAGAAUAAUAUAUAAUUUUGAAUAAUUUAUAAAGGAAAAAUAGAGAAUUGAAAAACUAAUAUUAAUUAACUUAAAGACAAAAUAUGGGUAGUUAUUAAAAUAUAUUAUUAAAAGAUACUAAAAAAGAAGUAUUAUAAUUGUAAUCUAAAAAUGAUCAUUUCAAAAUUUAAGUUGAAAACUUUUCAAAUGAAAUUCAUGAUUUAGAAUAAAAGCAAAAGUAACUUGUAAAUGAAUAAGAAUUUUUAUCCUAAGAAAUUAAGUAUCUAAAAACAGAGCUCAAGUAGGAUUAAUUAACAGAAUAAGAAAUAAUAAAAAAAAAUGAAUAAAUCAAGCGUUUACAUAACACAAUAAAUGAAUUAGAAAAAUAAUUAAGAUUAUUGUAACUAAAUUAGUAAUAAAAUUCACAAUAAUUAUAUUAAACUUAAUAAAUAAAUACAUAAAUAGAACCAUGUUAAUUGCAUUAAUAAAACGAAGAGAUUACUAUACCUGUGUAUGUUCCAAUAAUAGAACAGCCUGUAUAUAUUGAAUAAUAACCUACGAAAGUAUGUUUAUAAUAAAUAUUCAAGUAAUAUCAAGUCGAAAAGAUAGUAGAGACAACAAAUUCGAAUAUUUUUAAACCAUAAUCAAUUUGUUACUAGCCUGUUCAUUAUACAACUUAAUAGCAUUGGGUUUCAAUGUAACCUAUUCACGGCAAUCAUCAUCAUCAUUCUUGCAACUAAAAUUUUGGAUACAAGUAUUAAUAUUAUUGA